CCCGUUGCUCCGCGCCUGCGCAGAAGACCUUGGGCCUCCCUCCCCUCCACCGCCGGUCCUGCCUCCGCUCCCUCUUUCGGACGUCGGAGGCCGAGGAGAUUUGGGGGUUUUCCAAAGUCAAGGACACUAUGGUUGAAAAUUCCCCAUCACCGUUGCCGGAAAGAGCGAUUUAUGGCUUUGUCCUUUUCUUAGGCGCUCAAUUUGGCUUCAUAUUAUAUCUCGUGUGGGCAUUUGUUCCAGAAUCUUGGUUAAGCUCCAUAGGACUAACAUAUUGGCCUCAAAAAUACUGGGCAGUGGCUUUGCCUGUGUACCUUCUUAUUACUUUAGUAAUUGGUUAUAUACUCUUGUUUGGCAUUAACAUGAUGAGUACUUCUUCACUCAACUCUAUUCAUACAAUCACCGAUAAUUAUGCAAAGAAUCAGCAACAGAAGAAAUCACAAGAGGAAGCAAUCCCCGCACUAAGGGAUAUCCCUAUUAGUGAAGUAAACCAAAUGUUUUUUCUUGCUGCUAGAGGCCUUUACACUAGAAACUGAAUUGUACGUAGAUUAUUUCAACACAAAAUACUUAUUAUGGACAAUGUUCCAUUUUCUUGAACUCGUAAAUUACCCAUAUUGAUUGACACAUGCUAAAGGUAAUAGUCAAACUCUGCUGUUUGAACAGGGUUACCAUUAUUUAGUCAAGCUAGCAAAUAUUCAUUAUUAGUGAACAAAAAUAAAAUCCUCUGGUGAAUCAUCACAUCCCAGACCAACAUCAUCCUACUUCCUGAAUGUUGGCUCUGAAACACUCUUUCCAGUCUCCAGGUCCUCUCUGCUCAGCAAAAACUUCCUUUCUUGCUUGUGAAACUCUGCAGAGAUCUGUAAAUAACCCAGUCCCAAAGAGUAAGCCCCAGCCUCUGUCCUUCAGGCAGAUUAAAAAAAUAGCUCAUUGCCUAAACUUUAUUUCACAACUUCCUCUUCCUCCGUCAGAAGUGAGUGUGCAUAUCUUGCCCUGCAGUCGAAUUAAAGACAAGAGAGAUUAGGAAGUAGAAAGAUGGAAUAUUUUUGUACUUAUGUGCCCUCAGUUGUUAGAUGUGAAUGUGGGGAAGGGGAGGCAAUCUGGAAGGGGAGAGUGAACUUUCAUUUUCUUAUGGCCUGGAGUAGGAAAAAAGUUAGGUGAUUAUUGUUGAUUUAAGGGACUUGGGUAAACCUGAAAAAAUUAAAUACUUUGUGUGUCUGGGUAGUGUUACUUUGGAAAAUACAAUUCUACUUUAAUGGGAGAACAUCUUAUAUAUGCAUGAAAACUAUUGUAUUUUGUUAUCAAGAUAAGAAAAUUUAAAAAUCCGUGACUAUUUUAAUAAGAUCCCCAUCAGCCUUAUGAGUUUUCAUUCUAGUGUGGAUACCUCAUUAAACUGUAUCAAUCCCCAGUAAGUGCUCAAUAAAUACCAUUGCUGAUUGCCUGGAA